AUGCUAGUUACUUUAUUUGAAAAAAGCGAUAUAAAUGGAUCUGCACAUUUGGUAGAAUUACUAGCUGAUGAGGACUACAUGUUGGCAGAA